ACUUCCCAUAAUCCACUUCUUCAAGGGCGCUUCCUGGUACAGCCUGUAAGCGCGCGCUCAGCAGCACUGGUUUCGAAGAAACGGACGAUCGCGCGCAUUGAAUGUGCCUGUGUUUCAACUCAGUUUACUCUACAUUUAUCUUACAACAUCAGAAUGCCUAAGUCAAAGGAAGUGUUGUCUUCUUCCUCAGACAGUGACUCUGACAGUGAAGUUGAUACGAAGGCCAAGAGAAAGAAGCAGACAACACCAGAAAAGCCAUCAAAGAAACAAAAAAGUGGAGAAACUUCAAAAGUGUCAUCUGCCUCCAAAAGCAGCAGCAGCAGCAGUAAAAAUGAUAAUAUGUUCCAGAUAGGAAAGAUGAGGUAUGUGAGUGUCCGGGAUUUCAAGGGGAAAGUGCUGAUUGAUAUCCGGGAAUACUGGAUGGACCAGGAAGGUGAAAUGAAACCAGGCAGGAAAGGUAUUUCACUGAACCCAGAGCAGUGGAACCAACUGAAGGAGCAGAUAAGUGAGAUUGACGAUGCCGUGAAGAGAAUAUAAGUCCUGCCUGCAGUUCACUGGCAAUCUGGAUGCUUUUUUAAACAGAUUCUCACUCUACAGUUCUUCUUCUGCUGCCCUCCAAAGCCCAAACACAGUUUCUACACCUCUGAAUCAGUAAAUGGACAGGUCAAAGAGACCUGAUUUCAGUCACACUUUAUUUAACAGUGUCCUCCUUGUUACACGUUACAUAUACUGUAGUAAUAUCAGUAAAUUAUGCAUAAUUACAUGUAGAGCUGCCCCCAAUAGUCGAUUAACCAUUAGUCGAUUAGAAGAGGCUUGUUCGAGCAAAAUUUUCUUAGUUGGUUAGUCGCAGAAAAAAAAAAUCUCCACAGGAAGUGGUGAAGGGACAGAUUGUUAACGGCAGGAAAUCCAAACAUUCGCAUAUCAUUCAUCAAUCAUCGACCUCAAAUAUGGCUUAUCACUUGAAACAUGCAAGUAGUAGCAACAAGUCCUCUCGCUCUGUUAGCCUAGUCCUAGAUAAAUGUACGCUAUUAUUAAAGUAGGUGCAUAUCCAUGUGUUUCUGUGGAGAGCACGCUUAUCGCAUCACAUGGAGUGCGAUCACUUUUGCAUUUUAAAAUACUCUGUCAUUGUAGUCAUACAGAUAAGAGUAAUGAAAACUGUAAAGGGUCCACUUAUUUCCAGCGUAUACUUGCUACACAGACACGAGAAAUGUAUCUAUAGAAAGCUUGAAAUGUCUACUUUUAAACAAACCAAUUCAAAUGGAAAAUAACUAUUCUCAGAUUAUGUAAUCUGUAUGAAACAUGCAUAUAGGUGUGUCCACUACUGUGGAGAUGACAAGUUAGCAUCGCCGUGCAGCCGGAAACACAGAAAACAAUUAAUUAUUAACAUGUUUAGACAGUCGCCUUCUGUUUUUUUCAUGACACACUCAUAAUCAUUACAUUUGCCGGUGCACUGUGGAAAGCUUUGUGCUUGAGCGCUGAUUAGGCUAUGUUUUAUAUAUAUAUAUAUAUAUAUAUAGGCAAUUAAAAGCUGGUUAUUAUAAUUCAUGGCUUAAACGUGCGAUUAGUCGACUAAUUGCUUAAAUGAACGACUACUAGGCGAAUAGAAAAAUCUUUAGUUGGGGGCAGCCCUAAUUACAUGCAACUAACCCUAAACCAAACCCUAUUCCUAAUCCUAACCCUAAAGUAAGUACAGAUUGUUAAUUAAUAUUACUUAGGAUUUAAAAGUAGUACAAUUACACUGUAACAAGGACACCUUAAAAUAAAGUGUAACUAAAUUGCGUAGUUACUACAUUUUUGCCUUUUAUAGAGCGGCAUGCUUCACAAGGAAAAUGUGGUGACCAGCACACUUUGUAUGUAUAUUUUAGAUUAGGUUUUAUUGAAGUAGUUGUUCAUUGUAUUUUUCUUUUUUUAUUUGAGAGUUUCAUGGUUGGGGUUUUAAAGGGGUUUUGCUAGAGAUAUAGGGUGUGAGUUUGUGCCCUUCAUUUUCAAUAAAGAUGGAAAAUUCACACUUCAAA